AUGAUGAGCGCUGGUCUUGAUAACGAUUAUCACGAUGUAUUGAGCUCCCCAGCUCGGCGCGGGCUAAAACAUAUUCGGAAUAUUGUUAACGAAGCUGUGCUUCUUGAAGACGUAAUCACACGGUAUGUUGAUGACCGCCGUGCACGUAUUGAGAAGCGAUAUCACCAAAGAAAGCGAGGAAAGCGAGCGAAGCCGAUGGAUGACUAUUUUCUCACGACCUCUCUCCAAGAUCUUCGCAAUCAGCAGGGCGAAUAUCUCGCCGCUGAAGAAAGCAAGGAUCAGAAGUCUCAGCUUCGAGCCACACGAUCUCUAGCCAAGCGCGAGAUGGAACGCAUUAAGGAGGAGUGGCGUGAGAAUAAGGAAGCCAUCGUCGACGGUUUUCCGAAGAAUCUUCGGUUUAAACAGUGGCUUCAACACACAGGGAAGGAUGUUGAAUAUGCUUCAUACGAUGAACAGCGUGCUCGUAUUUCGACUAUGCUUAGCGAAAAGGCUGACUUUCCACAAUGCUCAGUAUGCCGUAAAGCCUCUCAGCGCGGUAGAUCUCAAAGGUCUCUAUUCCGAUGA